GAUACUUCGUGAGCAAAUAUUUGUAGAGGAUCAUUUAUAUUGCAACCGACCUGCUAAUAAUGUCUAUUGGAGUGCCAAUAAAAGUGCUGCAUGAAGCUGAAGGUCAUGUUGUUACUUGCGAAACAAUUACCGGUGAAGUAUACCGUGGGAAACUGAUCGAAGCGGAAGACAACAUGAAUUGCCAAAUGACGCAGAUUACUGUGACAUAUCGCGAUGGUCGAGUUGGAAAUCUGGAAAACGUGUAUAUUCGAGGCUCAAAGAUACGAUUUCUGAUUUUGCCUGAUAUGUUAAAGAAUGCCCCGAUGUUCAAGAAGCAGGGGACCAAAACGGGAACUGCUGGACGAGGUAAAUCGGCCAUACUUCGUGCGCAGGCUGCUCGUGGAAGAGGACGGGGUGCUGGCGGUGGGGGUAGUGGAGGUGGUGGUGGAGGUGGUAGAGGCGGAAACAAAGCGGGAUGGCAAGGACCUGGAGGGCAACAAUCCUCUGGCCGAGGGCGCGGUGGAUUAUAACAAUCCUGUAUUUAUGUACCACUAAUUAGUAGUGUGAUAAUUCGUGCGAAAAUAUGUCAGUUGGAAUAAAAGAAU